AACAUAAAACUAACUGCAUGAAUGUCAACAAGAAAUUAAAUCGAUCCAAUGAUUAUGUGGUGGUUAAAAUUUUUCAUUUUCAUAUGUUUAUGGAUAAUGGUCAGCUAUGGUAAGGAAACAAAGGUUAAGAUUGCUCAUUCAUCUAUUGAUCAUUUCAACGGACAUCUUGAUUUCAAACAUAUCAAUGAAAAUUUAUUAAAUCAACGGCAUCGAUCAGAUAUGAAUGCUAGCAUUCGAUUGCAACCACGUAAUUUUAUUGGACCAGAAAUUCUGAACGAAUUAUUGGAUGAAUGCUAUUUGUAUGAAGAUUCUAAAUAUUAUUAUCGCGUUUGUAUGUUUCGUAACAUAACACAGCAUGAAAAAUCCAAAUAUUAUCAUUCGUUUCAUGCCAUACUCGGUAUAUGGAAAGAAUGGUAUGUUACGAGUGAUCAUUUUGAUUUUCUUCUCUACCUUGAAGGAGAUGAUUGUAUAGCUGGAUCUCAACGACAAGUUGUCCUCGAACUUGAAUGCCCGUUAGCAGACGAAUCCAAAGAUUUAGCAUGGAUUAGCAACGUAACCGAAAUACAUCAAUGUAUUUACGCCAUUACUAUGAAAUCACAACUAUUUUGUGAUUUAGGCAAUUUAUAUUCUCAUCUGGAUCAGAUUGGUCAAAUUGAAUGGAAUUUAAUUAAAUCAUUACAUUCAAAUAAUCAAUUAUCACAAGAAGAAUAUACAACAUAUUUACAAUCUAUUUUGGAUAAUUAUGGUUUAAAAUUGUUGAUGAAUGGGCAAACAUUCGAAGAUAUUGUACUUGUUGAUAGACAAAAAUCUAGAGAGCCAAAUGAUCAUCAGAAACUUUUAGACGAAAUCACAUCUUUAAAGAAGAAAUUGGAAGAUUGUCAGAAUUCAUUGCUUAAUAAAAGGCCGAUUAAAAAUUGAAUGCAA